CCUCACCAACAGCAUCCCUCUUCUCCGAGCACUUAGCUUGGCUAUCGAUUAUCCAUGCCCUCUACAUGAUUAUAAUUUGCUUGCAAACGACCAAUGAGUCAUCCGGGAACCGAUGCGACAGCCGCCGAUUCAGGCCUCGGCCACGAGGUGCAGCCGACAAGAUGCGCCGCUUCUACCCGACCGAGUGCGCCAGACCUCCAACCAUGGACCGCAACACGUUGCCACCGCCUCCUCCGCCAGCUCCAGUCACGGCUAGCCCGGCUGAGGAAGCUCGCCCCCGAUGAGGGCCCUGCCUCCUGCCAGGAAUCGAAACGAUCGAGUCAGGCCGAUGCCAAGUCUGCGACUGCGAAACGCGUCAAGCUCACGUACGCUGGCCGCAAGCGGCACGAGGACACCGGUACAGAGGACUCAAAGCCCCUUGUUGCACUUUGCACUCCUAAACGACCAGUCCGCACGCUGGGAGCGAUGAAAAUGAUCAAAUCCUCCCCUGCGUCUGGGCAGGUGGACAUUCCGUCUCCGAUCUGGCGCCGAAUCAGUGACCCCACAGACACGCCCAGGCGAGCACAAAGCAAUCAGGUGGAUAUCUCCGAAUUUAUAUCUAGUGCUCCCGCGGGAACUGUCCUGUCAGACGUCACGGCGGACCUCCGUCCAUUGGCAGCAGCCCUGGGAGCAGAGAAAUACCGUAUCUAUCAUGCCAUCCUUGGCUGGCUCAACACUUUGCUGCUGUCAACAGUGCCUCGAGGCCGAGAGCCGGCGCCAAACUCGCUUCUCGCAAUGUGUUUGCGAAAAAUCCCCUGCUGCGUAGCCGACAUCGAAUGUUACGAACGAGACGUGGCAAAGCAACAGGGACGUCAGUCGAUGUGGGAUGCAUCUAAUGUAUCGUUUGAGCUUUACGGUCAGCUCGAGACUCUCGGGUCAGCCACAGGCGGUUGGCGCCCAUUGAAGCUGGCGAUUAGGGCCCACGGGCUGUCGCUUCUUUGCCAGGCCGUUGCGGAGGAGGUUUUCGAUCCAAUAUACGUCGCUCUCCUCAUCCGACUUUGCGCGCGACUAGGGUGUACUGAAGGGGUGCAUAAACUUGCAACUUCGUCAAAAGUCAUUCUACCUGAACCACGCACAAUGCUAAGCGGUCUCGCCGAAGAUAAGCACCUCUUGCCUCUUCGUGAACUCGUUGGCUUCGACGCAAAAAGAGCAAUAUGCCGAGCAGCGAUGGCCUCUGUGUCAAGUUUGGCGCAGAAAGAUCGCUUACCAACGAGGUGGUUGUCUACGCGUGUAUUUUCGGGCCUUUGGGCAUCGAACUUGGAAUUGAUAUCAUCGACCACUUCCGGCGCAGCAGCUAUGGCCUUUUCCACGGCCUGUUUACCCCUGAUGAUUCUGGACAACGACAGCGCAGCGGAAGGUCAACCAAUGGAGGCAGAACAGAGACUUGCAAGUGUGGUUGCAGGAAUGGUGGCCACCUUGCUCGCUCUGUCAGAGGCCAGCCAUGAUGACCCUCGGGCGUCGAGGCACCAACGAGCUGAACGGCGCGUACGAUACCUUUUGGACUGUUGCUUCCAUCAGGUAUGCCGCCGCAAGCGUGGGCGAGUCGGGCGGGACAGCGGGGCAUUCAUGCUGGUGCUGGCACGGUACAUUGUGUUCGCAACUGGGCCUCAAGCCAGUUCCAUCUUUGCCCAGGAAGCACGGCGUGAUCUCGUGUCACUGGCGGCCACGCCGAAAAGCGUCGAAGGGUCGCAAUCGCGAUACCGUCAGACCAUUCUGCUAUUGUGCUCCAUCGCUCAAUACCGCGGUCGAAGCCGCGCCAUCUCCAGCAGAGACUGCGUCGCGGACAUAUCCAGACAGUUGAGUGAGCUGAAUCUUGGGGAUAGCUUCGAUCACGACUUGCAAAAGGAUGUCGCAUUUCUGUUGGCACAACGGACCAAAGACCUGCGAGACCUCGCAUUCGCCGAGAGGUUGAAAGGGGCGAGGAACCCGAGCGGAGGCAAUGCAAUGUUCUCCGGCUGGCGGUGGGAGGAGGGCAUCAGCGAGUGGGUUCUCCCGGAUAGUGACGAGGACCAGGUCGAAGAGAAGCCGCGGGAGGCCUUGAGGCAACUGCGCAACCGUUCCUGUUCCAACAGCCAAAGCACGAGGGCGUCGGCGCCUAUGGAGAUGAGUACAUCGCGGCGUAAGAGACGGAGCGAUGGUGGUGCUCGCUAUGCGCUAUGUGCCGGGAAGGAGAACGGCGGCGACGACAUGGACUUGCCAGGUGCAUCGCUGUAUGGCGAUGAGUCGGCCCCGGUAGCAAAACGGUUGCGGACACGCCCGGCACGCUCUGGCUUGCUGCGGCUGCUGCCUUCGGAAGAUGAUUGGGAUGAUUUGCUAUAAGCGACCAGCAACCGAACCGGGACUCGGUCACAUUGGACGGAUUAUUUUCAAGCUUAUGGAUGCAUCUUCUACAAGUCCUAUACUGCACUACGGAACAAUAUUUACGUAAAGUAUCAUUGUUCUUUCCCCC